GUCUGAUCAUCAGGCUGCAAUUGUACGUGGGCGCUGUUUGUUAUCAUUGCAGUAACAAGGCACAGUCGUAUCGUUUAUUUAGCAACUGCAACUUUACCGUCGCCCUCCCGAGAAACCAAUUCCAAACGAUCCCGAGAGUCACAGUUUCGCUACAAUACAACCCAAAAUCCCUGUUCGAUGUGCCUCUAAACAGAGGGAGGCCCGGACUCCGUAAGUUCAUUUAAUCAGGUUCUCUUCCCUCCUGAGUCACUCAAGGAGGUAAGUAUAUUUCUUCCGCUUCUUUUCUGCUCGGAAUAAAACGUCGACCAAGUUUUCUCGACUUUCCGUCGUUUAUAAAAGUCAGACAUGGUUCAAACUUAUAUGUCGUUCAUUAUGCAACAAACCCAUCUGUGUCAUCUUUCUGGAUGAUACUUUUUGGUAAUUUGUUCGAGACUUUAACUAUGUUGAUCUAACAAUGGGCAGCUCGCUGUUAUUAUAGGUGACAUUCUCUGUAAGGUGGAUGACGAGAUACUGAACUGCUCAGUCUCUAUUUCGAUCUAUACUUUCAAUGUGUAAACAUAAAUCAUCCAGAUGCCCAUGAAAAAAAAACACAAACAAUCAAGAUUCUGUUAGUUAUGCAGAGAAUUGGCCAAUUGUUUCCAGUGUACCUUUACUGUUUCCAAGAACUAUCUGUACUGAUGCCCCUCUAAUGCACCAUUUGGUAACUGAGAUAUGGCUGGGGUACUGAUGACCUUAAAACCUCCAUUGCGAGUUGUUACCAGGACUAAGCAUUCUAUUCCACUAGCAUAUUAGUAUGAGAUCAAGGAUUUAUACAGAGAACCACGCCAAGUAAUGGUCAUGUCAAAUCUACUCUUUUUGUUAACAACAUCCCAAGUGAUUUCGGUGCAACUUUAUCGAACAUGAACAGUAUAACAUAUUAACUGAGUGGCUUUAAGCAAUUUGCAGGAGAAAAUGGAAGUUUACAAACCUCUUAUUUCAAAUGACAAACGGAAGCACCAUCCAUUGACUCCCUUUAGGUUAUUAAGGGGUCUGAUUUGUUUAGUGGUGCUACUUUCAACAGCAUUUUUUAUGCUAGUGUACUGUGGCCUUGUCAAUUCUGUCAUAUUGCGACUUUUCAGCAUACACUAUAGCAGGAAAGCAACAUCCUUCUUUUUCGGCGCUUGGUUAGCUUUGUGGCCUUUUCUUUUUGAAAAGAUAAACAAGACCAAAGUGAUUUUUUCUGGAGAAACUGUUCCUGAAAAAGAGCGUGUUUUGCUCAUUGCUAUCCAUAGAACUGAGGUUGACUGGAUGUACAUAUGGGACCUUGCAUUGCGGAAGGGACGCCUGGGAUAUAUUAAGUAUGUUCUUAAGAGCAGUCUGAUGAAACAACCAGUUUUUGGUUGGGGAUUCCACAUUAUGGAGUUCRUUUCAGUAGAGAGGAAGUGGGAGUUUGAUGAACCAUUCAUGCAGCAAAUGCUUUCGACUUUUACUGAUCCUCAAGAUCCACUCUGGCUCACUGUUUUCCCAGAAGGCACUGAUUUUACAGAGAAAAAAUGCAUUCGGAGUCCAAAGUUUGCAGCUGAUAAUGGUCUGCCCAUCCUAAAAAAUGUUCUUCUUCCAAAAAUAAGGGGUUUCUACACUUGCUUGGAAGCUCUGAGAAGCUCCUUGGAUGCAGUUUAUGAUGUCACUAUUGGGUACAAGCAUCACUGCCCUUUCUUCACGGACAAUGUUUUUGGUAUUGAUCCUUCUGAGGUUCACAUUCAUGUUCGUCGUAUCCCUCUUGGUGAAAUCCCAACAUCCGAAGAUGAGACUGCUGCUUGGUUGAUGGAUACAUUCCAACUGAAGGAUCAGCUUCUCUCUGAUUUUAGUACUCAAGGUCAUUUUCCUCAUCAAGGAACAGAAAAAGAUCUCUCUACAUUGAAGUGCAUAGUAAAUUUUAUACUGGUAGUUGCACUGACCAGCAUAUGCACAUUCUUUACAUUUUUCUCAUCAAUCUGGUUUAGAAUGUAUGUAGUUUUAGCCUCUGCUUAUCUUACAUCUGCUACCUAUAUGAAUGUUAGACCAUUACCAUUUGUAGAAUCUGUGAAAGUUAUGCUUCGUCAGAAGCGAUCCAAGCAAGGAAAAUAGCAUGCCACUAGGCUCCAAUAUUUCAAAUUUCAAUUUAGAAGUUGAUGAUGAUGAAACUGACUGUAAUCUAAAUGUUUCCCGUUGUUGUACAGAAAUUUUUUUCCCAACAUUGUUUUGUAAUG